AUAGUUAUGAAUACAAUUUAUUCUAAAUUUUCAAAUAUAUUUCAUUUUAGUAUUUUAGUUUUUGUAUUAUUAAAGAAUGUAUUCGUGUAUGUUUUUAGAUAUAUAAGUAAUAUAAAAAAAUGAUAUAGAUUAGCAAAUCUUUCUUAUAGAUAAUCGAAUUUAUUAAAUAUAUUUCAUUGAAUUCCCGUCAGAUGGCUAUUCAUUCCCCGUUGCAUACGUCAAUGACCAUACGCGUGGUAUGAAAAAGCUUAAGAAGUUCGAGAUGACCUAUAUUUACUUAAUUAUUAAUUUUUUUUUUUAAAAUUGCAUUAUGAAAUGUGAUUAAUUUCUAACAGUGUUAUAAAUAUCAAUAAAAUAAAGAAAUUGAGAAUACAAGAGUUUGAUUGUUUUGUCUAAGAAUGAUGCAUUUACAACAUGAUAUAGCCUGUUGCAUUUCAAUUUUAUUUAUUUUAAAUUUUGUCAAAGCAGAUUCUCAGGAUUAUCUUCAGGAAAAAACAAUACAUUUGCUUGAUAAAAAAUUUAAUUCUAAUGAGUAUUCUGAUAAUGAUGAAAGAGAUAGAGAAUCUUCAGCUAGUAAAGUAUCUGUUUCAGAUACAUUUGAUAAAAAUAUUGUAUGGAAAUCUCAAUGGGCUAGCAACAUCAAAUUUGGUCAAAUAUCUGGAGUAUCCAUAGAUCCAAAUGGAAACAUUGGAAUAUUUCAUAGAGGAUCACGAGUAUGGGACAGGAAUACAUUUGAUAAUACAAAUAGAUUUGAUAGAAAUGAAAAGCCAAUUCAAGAAAAAACUAUAGUUUUAUUAGAUAAAUUUGGGAAAAAGUUAUUAGAAUGGGGUGCAAAUAUGUUUUAUUUACCACAUGGUUUAACAAUAGAUAUGUAUGGAAAUUAUUGGAUUACUGAUGUAGCCUUACACCAAGUAUUUAAAUUUGAUGCAAAAGAUAUAGCAAGGAUGAAAGAUGAAAGGAUGAAAGAUAUAUAUAUAACUAAAUUGAAAAAGAGACAAAAUAUUCAAGAAAAAAUUCUUAAUAAUCAUAAUUUUGAUAAUUUGCUUGAGAAUAAUAAACUCAAACCUUCAAUGAUUUUAGGAGAAGCUUUUGAACCUGGUCAUGAUGAAAAACGAUUUUGUAAACCAACAGCUGUUGCUGUAGAAAGCAAUGGUGAUUUUUUUGUCAGUGAUGGUUAUUGUAAUUCUAGAAUUAUUAAAUUCAAUGCUAAAGGAGAAAUAAUUUUGCAAUGGGGUCGACAUUUGAAAAUAGAUGGAAACAUAUAUGAUCUAACUCAUCUUUCACCAAAUGUAUUCAAUGUACCUCAUGCUUUAGCAUUGGCUAGUGAAUUGAAUUUACUUUUUCUUGCUGAUAGAGAAAACGGUAGAGUUUUAUCUUUUUUUGCAACUAAUGGAACUUUCCAUAAGGAAUAUAAGCAUCCAAUUAUUGGUAAAAGAAUAUAUAGUGUAGCAUAUGCCAGAGAAAGACUUUAUUUGGUUAAUGGUCCUGAUCCGAAUUACAAAAUACGCAUUCGAGGAUUUAUUCUUGAUGUAAAUUCAGGAAAUAUAACAUCUCAAUUUGGUCCAAGUCAAGAUAUGAACAGACCACAUGAUAUAGCUGUAUCUGAGAAUGGUUCAGAAAUAUAUGUAGUAGAAUUGAAUUUACGUACUGCUUAUCAAUUUUUUCAGGAUAUAAAUACGUCAAUGCAAAUUGGAAAUUCCAUUGUACAUGCAAAUCCUCAUCAUGAACCAGCACCUUUAACGGACAGAGAUAUUAACAAUCUUUCUGGAGGUACUACAACAGCAACAUUAGUCUUAUCCCUUGUUACAGCAGCAGUCAUUUUUAUUGCUCUCUGUAUAGCAAUUGCUGCAGUUGUAGCAAGAUGUCAAAAAAGAGGAUGUUUAUUAAUAAUGCACAAGCGAAUGCGCUGGGAAUCGGAUAAGCGAGAAAACUUUAGACUCUCAAAUCUUUUGGAAAACAGAAGAUACAAAAAUUUCAAGAUAAUGGAGAAACGACCAAAUCCGCGAGACUUUAGUAAAUUGAACACGGAACCAGAAACCUCAGAAGAUGAAUAUCCGGAGAAUAGUUUUACAAAAGUCAUUUCAUAGAGUUAAACACGUAUUUUGAGUGAAUCAAGCACAGUUUAAAAUAUGUAUUUUUUUUAAAAACAUGUUAUCUUUCCUUCUAUUUUAUAAUAUAGAUUUGAAUCUGUGUCUUCAUAAGAGUUAUCUUGCAACAAAUAGAAAUUGCAAGAUA